AUGUGUGUGUACGUGUGUGUGUGUGUGUGUGUUCUUUACCUUCUUUGUCCCGGUCUUGUGCCAUUGAUAAUACGCUUCUGUGUUAACAGAUGGUCAGAGAGUUCCUACCCCGAGUCUUUCCUGUGGGCUCAGCCCGCUGCAAACCCCUACCCCAUGGCCACCUGCCACCCCGGAGCACAAGCCCACAUCCUGCCCUGGCCUUCACUCGGGCUCGGCAGCAGCCCGGGCAGCGCCGGGCACAUGAACGGAUUAAGCCACAGCCCGGGGAACCCGUCGACCAUUCCCAUGAAGGACCACGAUGCCAUCAAGCUGUUCAUUGGGCAGAUCCCCCGCAACCUGGACGAGAAGGACCUCAAGCCCCUCUUCGAGGAGUUCGGCAAGAUCUACGAGCUAACGGUUCUGAAGGACAGGUUCACAGGCAUGCACAAAGGCUGCGCCUUCCUCACCUACUGCGAGCGUGAGUCAGCGCUGAAGGCCCAGAGCGCGCUGCACGAGCAGAAGACUCUGCCCGGGAUGAACCGGCCGAUCCAGGUGAAACCGGCGGACAGCGAGAGUCGAGGAGAAGAUAGAAAACUCUUCGUGGGUAUGCUCAACAAGCAGCAGUCUGAGGACGAUGUGCGCCGCCUCUUCGAGGCCUUUGGGAACAUCGAGGAGUGCACCAUUCUGCGCGGACCCGACGGCAACAGCAAGGGGUGCGCCUUUGUGAAGUAUUCCUCCCACGCUGAGGCACAAGCCGCCAUCAAUGCUCUGCACGGCAGCCAGACCAUGCCGGGAGCCUCAUCCAGUCUGGUGGUCAAGUUCGCCGACACCGACAAGGAGCGCACAAUGCGGCGAAUGCAGCAGAUGGCUGGCCAGAUGGGCAUGUUCAACCCCAUGGCCAUCCCCUUCGGGGCCUACGGCGCCUACGCACAGGCACUGAUGCAGCAGCAAGCGGCCCUAAUGGCAUCAGUCGCACAGGGCGGCUACCUGAACCCCAUGGCUGCCUUCGCCGCCGCCCAGAUGCAGCAGAUGGCGGCCCUCAACAUGAACGGCCUGGCGGCCGCACCCAUGACCCCAACCUCAGGAGGCAGCACCCCUCCGGGCAUCACUGCACCAGCCGUGCCUAGCAUCCCGUCCCCCAUUGGGGUGAACGGCUUCACCGGCCUCCCCCCACAGGCCAAUGGGCAACCUGCUGCAGAAGCUGUAUUUGCCAAUGGCAUCCACCCCUACCCAGCGCAGAGCCCCACGGCCGCGGACCCCCUGCAGCAGGCCUACGCCGGAGUGCAGCAGUAUGCAGCCGCCUACCCUGCUGCCUAUGGUCAGAUAAGCCAGGCCUUUCCUCAGCCACCUCCAAUGAUCCCCCAGCAACAGAGAGAAGGGCCCGAGGGCUGUAACCUGUUCAUCUACCAUCUGCCCCAGGAGUUUGGGGACGCUGAGCUGAUGCAGAUGUUCCUCCCUUUCGGUAAUGUCAUCUCCUCGAAAGUGUUUGUGGAUCGGGCGACUAACCAAAGUAAAUGCUUUGGCUUCGUGAGCUUCGACAACCCGGCCAGCGCGCAGACCGCCAUCCAGGCCAUGAACGGCUUCCAGAUCGGCAUGAAGAGGCUCAAGGUGCAGCUGAAGCGGCCCAAAGACGCCAAUCGCCCGUACUGA